UGUUAUCUUUAUCUUCAAGGAUUUUUUUAUUUUUCCCCCUGCCUGUGUCGUGACAUGGCUAUCUCCUCACUAUCACCUUUGAAAGACUGUUAUCUUUGCUCUUCUUCUUUAAAAGACUCGGUUGUUUUAAGAUGCUCUCACAGUUUGUGUAAAAGCUGCUUACAGAGCUACUGGGAGUUCAACAAGACUCUGGAUUGUCCUGUUUGUUUGAUGGAGACUCGCUGUUCUGUGCUUCUGCCGGAUUUGAGUCUUUCUCACUUUUCAGAUGGCAGCAACAUCAAACCACAUCAUGAGAGGAAUGCAGAAAGUAAGAUGAGGGAGCAGUCAAGUGAAACCAGGGAUGAGGAGGUCGAUACAGUUGUGAUGAUGGGGGAAAAUAAAUGUGAAGAGGAACCUCCUGCUACUUCACUGAGGUCCAACCUGUGCCCAAAAUGUGGCAAGAGCUUCAAAAGAAAAUCUGACCUGAGAGCCCACGAGAAGGUGCACAUCUUAGCAAAGCCGCACCAGUGCUCCACCUGUGGAAAGAGUUAUGCUGGCAAAUAUAGGCUCGCUUUACACAUACGGCUCCACACAGGUGAGAAUCUGUUUAACUGCUCUUUCUGCAACAAAAAGUUCACUCAAGAGAUGUCUUUGAGGUCCCACUUAAGGAGCCACGGAGGGGAAAAGCCGUUCACUUGUUCUCAAUGUGGUAAAAGUUUUUCUCUAAAAAGUACCCUAAAAACUCACCUGCGGUUGCAUGCUGGUAAUCUCCCUCAUCAGUGUGAUCAUUGCGGGAAGCUUUUCAACACUUCAGCAGCAUUGAGACUGCACAAGCCGACCCACACCGGCGAAAAGCCUUUUCCAUGUCCACAAUGUGACAAAGGGUUUAUAACAAAGGAUGAGCUGAAGAUUCACCUGAAUAGCCAUUCGGGGAUCAAACCAUUCAGCUGUUCAGUGUGUGGGAAGAGUUUCCUAACGAAGCAGGUACUUAACACUCAUCAGGUCGUUCACAAGGACGACCGCCCCUUUCACUGCACACAGUGCGAGAAAAGCUUCAAAAGGAUGAGCCACCUGACAUCACACAUAAAGACCCACAGCUCUGACACCCCUUACAAGUGCACCUACUGCAACAAAUCCUUCAAACUUCCCUUCUACCUAAAACUGCAUGAGAGUAUUCACAGUAAAGAGAAGCCUUACAGAUGUGAGAAGUGUGGAAAAAGCUUUCGUUUAUCAGGUGAUUGCACCAAACACCAGGCUGUACAUUCAGAGGAAAAACGGUACAAGUGCUCAAUCUGUGAUAUGAGGUUUCGCUUCAACAGUUCGCUGAGGAGCCAUAAAGUCGUUCACUCUGAGGACAAACCUUACCACUGUGAGAAGUGUGGAAAGAGCUUUAACAGACUUGAUACCCUGAAAAAACAUAAAGCGAUCCACACUGAUGAAAGACCUUAUAAGUGUUCUCAAUGUGGUUUGGCCUUCAAGACUUCAAAUUCGCUUAGGUUUCACAAAAUGAUUCACUCCAAGACCCUGCUGCACUGCAGCAUCUGUGACAAAACCUUCACUCGCCAAAAUUCCUUCAAAUAUCAUCAAGACGUUCAUGCAGGAAUUCAAAUCUACAAAUGCUCUGAGUGUGGAAAAUGUCUGAGCGCGGCAAGUUGCUUGAAGAAGCACAUGGAGGAACACUUUGAAAAGAAAAUGUACCACUGUGCUGAGUGUGAGAAGAGUUUCAGAUCAGUGUCAUACCUGAGGAAGCACCAAAAGAAGGUGCACAUUGAUGAGAAGCUCUAAAUAAUACCCAAGUGACACUGGUUACUUACCAGCUGCAACAUUCAGGAGAGAAGGAGCACACUUGAUCCCAUUGCGGGAAGAUGUAGACGAAUAGAGACGAUCAGUCAUAUGAGACAAUUCACUCUUUGAUUCACUUACGAUUCAAAGAGAGACCUCAAUGAUACCAAGAAUUUGGUAAAGAAUUUAUCAGGAGCCACAAUCUAAAACAUAAUCAAAAACUAAAUAGUAAGAGACAAAAAUCAGGAUUGUGUUUGUUUUAUUGUUUUUCUACAAAAAAUAUCAGAUUUCUCCUUCUUUGUUAGCCGUGCAGGCUUUGGUUACACUUUAGUAAAAUGUAGUUACUAUAUAAUACUGUAUAAAACACAGAAAAAUCACCAUUGCUAAAUGUACACUGCUGGUGUUUAUAUGAGUACCACCAAAGCAGUGUACAUUUAACACUGGUGAUUUUGCUAUGUAGGUAGUUUUAUAUGAAAGUGUAAAUUGAAAGUGACAAGCUUGUCAAGUAUAUGCAACACGUACCCGAAAUGUGACCUCUGCAUUUAACUCAUCCCAGUGAGUAGUGAACACACGCACUGCAAGUUGUGAACACAUACACCUGGAGCAUGCAGCCAUCCCAGCGCCCGAGGAGCAAUCAAGUUAGGCAACUCUCAGGUUACAAACCUGACUCUCUAACAUAGGCUACAACUGCCCCUAUAUAUGCAUUAUUAUUAUUAUCAUAUAUGAAUGUAAUUAGAUUUGUAUUAAAUUCUUUUAAAAUAUAUUUUUCAUUCAAAAAAUACCUCUACAAAGCUUAUGGAGUCAAGACCCAGGAGAAUGGCUAAAAUAUUACUGCAAGAGAAUCAGCCUUAAUAACAGAUGAAACUUUAGUCAAUGUAUGCUUGAUUUCUUUUUAAGCUUUUCAUUUUUUCUAUGCAUUUUUGUAUAUUCAAAUAAAACCCACAUUCCAUAAUGUUCUAGUUUGUGUAUUUGCCAAGUAAUUUUUUCCAACAAAUACCUUAAGAGUUUAGUGUUUCAUCCAUUACAAUCAAAUAUAUUAAGCGGAAGUUAAAAGCAAAUAUUGUACAAAUAUACCUCCCCAUACAU